CGCCACGGAGCCCUACCUCAUCGCCAUGCGCCGCCAGAUCAGCGCCAUGCACCCGGUGUUCAAGUUGAUGCUGCCUCACUUCCGCUUCACUCUGGACAUAAACUCCAAGGCCAGGGGGGCCCUCAUCUCCGCCUCCGGCAUCAUCGAGGACGUGUUCACGCCAGGCGCCUACGCCAUGCUCCUCUCCUCCGCCGCCUACAAGAGCUGGCGGUUCAGGCUGCAGGCGCCGCCCGCCGACCUGCAGGCCAGGGGCAUGCUGGACGGGGAGGGCCGGGUGUGGCUGGGUGACUACCCCUAUGCUCAGGACGGGCUGGAGAUCUGGCGAGAGCUGGAGGCGUACUUCGGGGAGUACCUCGCCCUGUACUACGCAUCCCCCGAGGAUGUGGCGGGCGACGAGGAGCUGCAGGCCUGGUGGGCGGAGGUCAAGGCGGAGGGGCACCCAGACCUGAAGCUGGUUGAGCCCGACGAGGCGGCGGUGUGGGGCUUUGCCGGCCCCAUCCCAGACGUGCCCACGCUGGUGCACGUGCUUGCCACCAUUGCGUGGACUGCGUCCGCCCACCACGCCGCUGUCAACUUUGGCCAGUUUGACUUUGCCUCCCUGCUGCUCAACGUGUCCUCGCUGGCGCGCCGCCCCAUCCCGCGCCCCGGCGACGAGGCAGACCCAGCCUACCAGGCGCUGGCCAAGGCCGCGGGCAAGGGCGGCAAGGCGCUGGAGCGUGAGCUGCUGACCUACCUGUCUGGCCCGCUGGCGUCGCUCAAGGAGAUGGUCACGGUGCAGCUGCUGUCCAUCCACGCCGACGGCGAGCAGACCCUGGAUGAGCGCAACGUGCUGCUGACGGACCCUGCCGCCAUGGCCGCCAACGCUCGCUUCAUGAGCCGCAUGCAGGCGGCGGAGGCGCGCAUGCAGACCCGCAACUCCGACCCCGCCGCCUGGACGCGCUUCAGGGGCACCAAGGAGGCAAUGCCCUACACGCUGCUGGUGCCCCCUUCGCCCCCAGGCCUCACCAUGAAGGGCGUGCCCUACUCAGUGUCUAUCUGAGGGGGGCGCCUGCCCCUGGGGCGGGCCCGCGAGGGCUCCGGCAGCAGUGUGUGGGGCGGUUGGCACAUGCGCGCUGGCGGGUUGCGGCCCUGCCUCUCCGACCACACCCUGCCGCUUGUGAGUAAAGAGCUGGUGGCCCCAGAGAUGAUACCCCCAGCGAUGAUGCCCCCAGAGAUGAUAACCCCCCACCCUGCGUAUUUCGAUACCGCUGUGCACUGUUUACCGCGUCGCUCUUUUGUGUGACACCAUGCUUCGCAUUGCAAAUCUUGAGCCGUGAUCCUUGAUCUUUCACCCCUGUGGUGACUCAUGUGUAAUCUCAGAGCAGAUCA